UGCCUGCACUGGUUAUAAAGUCCACGCAGCCCGCGGGACUCAGACGGUCCGGAUCGCAGAUGGGGGCGAUGGCGCCGCGCACGCUGCUCCUGCUGCUGGUGGCCGCCCUGGCCCCGACCCAGACCCGCGCGGGCUCACACUCGCUGGGGUAUUUCUUCACCGCCAUGUCCCGGCCCGGCCUCGGGAAGCCCCGGUUCAUUGUCGUGGGCUACGUGGACGACACAGAGUUCGGGUGCCUCGACAGCGACGCGGAGAAUCCGAGAGCGGAGCCGCGCGUGCCGGGGACUGAGCAGGUGGGGCCAGAGUAUUUGGAGGAGCAGACACGGAUCGCCAAGGUCUAUGAGCAGAUUUUCCGAGGGAACCUGAGGAACAUUCUCCGCUACUACAACCAGAGCGAGGGCGGCUCUCACACUCUGCAGUGGAUGUCUGCCUGUUACGUGGGGUCGGACGGGAGCCUCCUCCGCGGGUAUGAGCAGGUCGCCUAUGAUAGCCACGAUUACAUCGCCCUGAACGAAGACCCGAAAACCUGGACUGCGGCGGACACGGUGGCGCAGAUCAGGAAACACAAGUGGGAUCAGGCUGGUGUUGCAAAACUAUACAAGACCUACCUGGAGGGCGAGUGCUUGGAGUUGCUCCACAAAUACCUGGAGCUGGGGAAGAAGCUGCUGCUGCUGUGCACAGAUCCUCCAAAGGCCCAUGUGACCCAUCACCCCAGAUCUAAAGGUGACGUCACCCUGAGGUGCUGGGCCCUGGGCUUCUACCCUGCUAACAUCACCAUGACCUGGCAGUUGAAUGGGGAGGACCUGAACCAGGACAUGGAGCUUGUGGAGACCAGGCCUGCAGGGGAUGGAACCUUCCAGAAGUGGGCAUCUGUGGUGGUGCCUCUUGGGAAGGAGCAGAAAUACACGUGCCAUGUGGAACAUGAGGGGCUGCCUGAGCCCCUUAUUCUGAGAUGGGAGCCUCCUCCAUCCACCAACUCUACCAUGGUGAUCAUUGCUGUCCUGGUUGUCCUUGGAGUUGUGAUCAUCACUGGAGCUGUGGUGGCUUUUGUGAUGAAGAGGAGAAGCACAGCUUUUCUUCUCACAGGUAGAUAA